UACACAACUGCGAAUAAAAUAGUAUAAAAACGUCGUCCGCUUGUUCGUCCCCUUCCGCCAUCCAUUCCCAUCCCCUCCUCCGUCGAAACCCUUCUCUGAGGAACCUCAAACCCCAUGGAACAUCUCUCAAGAUUUUUGUGAUUUUCUUUGGGCUUAAUCUUAAUCUUCUCUGCGAGUCGAUUUGUAGCCAAAUUGAUUCAAUCCCUGCCGCAAAGACCGAUCCAUACGUUCAAUCGGAGAAAGGGGGCAAAUUGAGAUAUGGACUACGACCGGCAGCAGGAACAGGACGACGAUGUUUACGGUGGCGACGUGCCGGAGGAAGCCUACAUGGAAUCCGAUUUUGACUCAUCUGUAGACGCGGAUGCUGCGGCCGCCGCCGCGGCGGAGGCUGACGCCAAAGCUAAGGAGUUGGAGGAGAUGAAGAAGCGAUUGCAGGAGAUUGAGCAGGAAGCUGGAGCACUUCGCGAAAUGCAGGCGAAGGUCGAGAAAGAGAUGAAUGGGACUCAAGAUGAUUCGGGUGAUACAUCUGUUAUUUUGGCUGAAAAGGAGGAGGUUGAUUCUCGAUCGAUAUAUGUUGGUAAUGUUGAUUAUGCUUGCACGCCUGAGGAGGUGCAGCAACAUUUUCAGUCGUGUGGGACUGUAAACAGGGUCACGAUUCUGACCGAUAAGUACGGACAACCCAAAGGGUUCGCUUAUGUGGAGUUUGUGGAGGCUGAGGCUGUCCAGAAUGCUACCCUGCUGAACGAGACUGAGCUGCACGGCCGGCAAAUUAAGGUAUCUCCCAAGCGAACAAAUAUUCCGGGAAUGAAGCAGUUUCGGGGUAGACGCCCGAAUCCAUAUUAUGGAUUCAGAAGGCCCUUUAUGCCUGCGCCCCCUCCGUACGGGAGGGUUCCUAGGUUCCGGCGUCCUAUUAGAUACCGGCCAUAUUGAAUCGAAUAGUCUUGGUCAUCAGACAGCCUUUGAUUGGUACCAUGUUAUUGCUAUUGUUAUGGUUGUAAUUUUAGUUUAAUUUUGAUACAGAACAAUAUAUGACAUACAUACAUAUGAUAGGAAAAAAGAAAGGAGGAAACGUAACUGUGUUUGGAUUCAUGUUGUUGUUAUUCUUAUUCUGGUUUUGGGAACCUUCAAAGAUCAAUUGUUUUUGUGCUUAUUGACUUAUUUAUUUAAGGUCUAUUUUAUGCAA